AUGCCUAACGGUACUGUUUUUGAGGACGGUGUCUCAGCGCAGGAGCUUUUCAGGGAAAAGUCUGGCGUUACCUACAAUGAUUUUAUUAUCCUUCCUGGUUAUUUGGAUUUCCUUGCCCAUGACGUAGAUCUGUCGACCCGUCUGACUAAGAACAUUGACAUUAAACUUCCAUUUAUUUCUUCCCCGAUGGAUACCGUCACUGAAGCAGAUAUGGCUAUUGCUAUGGGUUUGUGUGGUGGUGUCGGCGUUGUUCAUCACAAUUGUUCAGUCGAUUUCCAAGUUAAUCAAGUGCGUAAAGUCAAGAAAUACGAACAGGGAUUCAUUCUGGAUCCAAUUGUUCUUGAUCCUACCAGCACUCCCGGAGAUGUCCUGAAGAUUAGGAAAGAGCACGGAUUUAGUGGAAUUCCAAUUACUGAUACGGGUAAGAUCGGCGGGAAGUUGCUCGGUCUUGUCACUCUACGGGAUAUUGAUUUCCUUGACGAGGCUCAACUCAACUCACCCGUUACUGAGUUUAUGACUCCAUUCGAUUCCUUAGUCACUGCUUUUGAUGGUAUUCAUCUGUCGGAAGCCAAUAAGAUUAUGCAGAAAAGCAGGAAAGGUAAACUACCAAUCAUUAACGAGGGCAAGGAGCUGGUUUCCCUUAUUUCCAGAACCGAUCUUAAAAAGAAUGUCAAACACCCUCUCUCUUCAAAAGAUUCAAACAAACGUAUUUUGGUCGGUGGAGCCAUCUCAACUCAUGCUGAUGGAUGGGACCGUGCUAAAGCCCUUCUUGACGCCGGUGUUGACUUCCUGCUUCUCGAUUCGUCCCAAGGCAAUAGUAUCUUCCAAAUAGAUAUGCUGAAACGCCUCAAAUGCACAUAUCCUCAAGUAGACGUCAUUGCUGGCAAUGUUGUCACCUGUGCCCAGGCCAAGAACUUGAUCGAUGCUGGUGCUGAUGCUUUGCGUGUUGGCAUGGGUAGCGGAUCAAUUUGCAUUACCCAGGAGGUCACUGCUGUGGGUCGCGCACAAGCUACUGCUGUCUACAAGGUUUCUGAGUAUGCUCGCAAGUUUGAUGUCCCCGUUAUUGCUGACGGUGGAAUUUCAACCGCUGGAACUAUUGUGAAGGCUCUAUCCCUCGGUGCUUCAACAGUUAUGAUGGGUUCUCUCGUUGCAGGGACCACCGAAGCUCCUGGCGAAUAUUUCCUCUCUAAGGGAUUCCGAGUCAAGAAAUACCGCGGAAUGGGAAGCCUGGAUGCUAUGUCUUGCAAUCAAUCAAGUCAGAAUCGCUACUUCUCGGAUCAAGACAGCGUUAAGGUUGCUCAGGGUGUCUCAGGUGCUAUUAUGGAUCGUGGAUCGAUUCACCAACUUGUCCCAUAUCUUGCUGCUGGCCUCCAACAUGGAAUGCAGCAGAUUGGUGCCCGCUCUUUGGCUAACCUUUAUGAGAAGAUGUCUAGUGGAGAGCUUCGCUUUGAACGUCGUACUCCCUCUGCUCAGAUUGAGGGCUCCGUACACAGCCUCCACUCUUAUGAAAAACGUCUGUUUUAA